CAUUCUUAUUCCAAUCUAAUUCAAAAACCAAAAAUGUCAGGAAUCAUUCACAAGAUAGAAGAGAAACUCCAUAUUGGAGGCCACAAGGAAGGAGAAAAGCACCAUGACCAUAAUAAGCACAAGCAAGAAGAGCACAAAAAUGAACAUGGUCAUAGUGAAGAGCACCAUCACAAGAAGGAUAAGAAAGACAAGAAGGACAAGAAGGAUAAGAAGGACAAGAAAGACAAGAAAGAUAAGAAGGACAAGAAGGAUAAGAAGCAUAACAACAGCAGCAGUGACAGUGAUUAGAUCGCAUUUGGAUGAUUGUUAUGUAUUGUUUCAUAAUGUAUCAUAUUGUAUGAUGUAUGUUUUAACUAAUAAAAUGUUUGAAUAAAUUGUAUCAUUCUCUGUUAU